CUGAACAGUCAACCACUUGUUUCUCAAUACUUCCUUGAGAACUACUCUCGCGCCCUUCACCAUCAUGGUCUCGUUCAAAUCCCUUCUCGUCGCCGUCUCGGCACUCACUGGGGCACUUGCUCGUCCCUUUGACUUCCUCGAUGAGCGUGACGAUGGCAACGCCACCUCGGUCCUCGAGGCUCGCCAAGUCACUGGCAACAGUGAAGGUUACCACAACGGUUACUUCUACUCUUGGUGGUCUGAUGGUGGUGGUUAUGCUCAGUACCGUAUGGGUGAGGGCAGCCACUACCAGGUUGAUUGGCGCAACACUGGUAACUUUGUCGGUGGAAAGGGAUGGAACCCUGGUACUGGCCGAACCAUCAACUACGGAGGUUCCUUCAACCCUCAGGGUAACGGAUACCUUUGCGUUUACGGAUGGACCCGCGGUCCCCUCGUCGAGUACUACGUCAUCGAGAGUUACGGUUCUUACAACCCCGGCAGCCAGGCUCAGCACCGAGGUACCGUCUACACCGACGGUGACACCUACGAUCUCUAUAUGUCCACCCGUUACCAACAGCCUUCGAUCGACGGUGUUCAGACCUUCAACCAGUACUGGUCCAUCCGCCGCAACAAGCGUACCAGCGGCUCCGUCAACAUGCAGAACCACUUCAAUGCUUGGAGAUCUGCUGGCAUGAACCUCGGAAACCACUACUACCAGAUUCUGGCCACUGAGGGUUACCAGAGCAGUGGCUCAUCUUCUAUCUAUGUCCAGACUAGUUAAGGGAUGUCAGCUGUGGUCGGUUACAGAUGAUUUGAGAGAUCAUGUGUGGAAAUUGAAGAGGGAAAGGUUCUUGGCUGACUGAAGGAUGGUCACUGUUACUGUCUGAUGUAUAUUUUUUUGCGACUUUGGCAAGUCUCUGGCGCGAAAGAUCAUCA